ACUGCAGUGCACUGUUGUUGUUAGUUGUUACUGUUACUCACUCUAUGAGAAAAGCUUCACUCUAUUCAAAGUCGACUGCGAAGUCAGUGGAACAUGUCAGAGACGGCGGCAACGUUGAAAAGCCCAUCAAAUUUGGAAAUCAAAUAACACCCAAUUGGUUCUGAUAAAUCCCAAGUCCAAGAGAAUUCAGCUUUCUGAUUUUGCAAUCUCUCUCUGUGUGUGUUUUUUUUACACUACGGCAUUUCAGAACCCUAGAAUUCGCUCAGGAUUUGCCGUCCGGUGGUGGUUUUCUCGGAAUCUAUGUGUCGUUGUUAAGUUCUGUUUGAGUUUUUGGCGAUUAUGGUAAUGCAGAAUAGCUCGAUCGGUGCUUGGAUCCGUCACUUCCUUGCUUGCACAGGUGGUUGCUUUGGAUGCUGCUCUAAACCCACACCAAUUAUUGCUGUUGAUGAGCCAUCGAAGGGACUGAAAAUUCAAGGGCGCAUGGUGAGAAAACCUAGUAUAUCAGAUGAUUUUUGGAGUACCAGCACAUAUGACCCAGACAACAGCACCAUUCAGUCUCAAAGAAGCAUCUCAUCUAUCAGCACAUCAAACCAGACCCUCAAUUCUGGCAGUGGGAUUGGUAGCACAAGCUGCAAUUCUCACUUUGUAAAUCAUGGCCUUCUGCUCUGGAAUCAAACCAGGCUUCAAUGGACUGGAAGUAGCAGGUCCAGGGAUCAAACUCAAAAAAGUCGGGAACCCCGAUUAAGUUGGAACGAGACCUAUGAAAGUUGUCUAGGGACCAAACAGCCUUUCCCCCAGCCCAUUCCUCUAUCUGAAAUGAUAGAGUUUCUGGUAGAUGUAUGGGAGCAGGAGAGGCUCUAUGAUUGAGGAAGUGUAUUCAGAUGAAGAUCCCCACUCUGAAACUCUUAAGAGUCUUUCGUGUAUAGUUGGGACAAACGAGGAACAGAAAGAUCAAACAAAUUUUUCCAUCUCAAUUGUAAUGCUACGUGCUAAUGACAAUAUUAUCUUCUUUUUCUUAAUCUUUAUCUUUCUUCCCCUUUCUCCUGCAUAUGCCCUAUUGGAUAUGCCCCUCUACUAUAUUCAAACUGAAUACAGAUGUAAAUGUGUAGAUAUACUGAAACUUGAUGCUUUCUUUUC